ACGAGUUUCCCUGUCACCACGAGACACAUCUUAGACAGCCGGUGACAGAUGCCAAGACAAUGUUGGAUUUACAUGCUGGCUGCCGAGGAUUCCGUUUUUGCGGUGUGAUUCUCUGUUAGAUUCAAGGAAAUUGUUUUAAAGUGUACCAUUAUUAAAUAUUCAAGGAUAGAGAGAGAACUAGUUAGAUCGAUAGGCGUACGUACUCCCAAGGAGUAGGCCAACUUUCGUUUUACGUGUUUAAACUGCCACAGAACAAAGAGAUCACUUGUGCAGAAAAAGACAACAGGUUCUAAACAUCGGAGAUUCUUUACUUUUUUUGCACGCGCUCCACGAAGGACUAGAAAACGUAGAAAUUGUGUGAUUGAUGAUGUAAGGUUCUAUAAUGGAAACGAUAAAAAAAGUCGGUGAAAGCAGGAAUCGAAUUCAAAGAGCAUGCUGAUUUGGAUUAAUGAAGCUCAAAGUGCCGGAUAACUAGAUAAGGGGAAUCUGCUAACUAACUCGAGACGUUGUCAUGGUAUUACAUGCGAGAAAUGUAACAUUUCACGGGGAAGAUAUACAUAAAAAGCUCCUCUGCGUUUGAAUUACAAUCGAUCUGUGGUUUUUAUCACCUAGAAGAAAAUGAUAUAAUUUCAAUGAAUUGCGCGUGAUCUGUGCAAUUACACGCGAAGUUCGUUGUAAAGUUGUUCAUUGAUUACGAUAUCGAUCAGUCAAAAAUUGUGUGACACCAUCCAUUUACAUUAGUGACAUGGCUACGAAUAUGGUUUUAUGUGGAUGAGCGACACUCUUGAAUAUCUUUCGAUUUGUGUGUGAUAGUUUGGAACAAAUCAGACAAAAAUGCAUUUAUCUUGCCGGAUGAGCGCCAAAUUAGAAAGCUCUGUUAGCACAUCCUAAGAUAUGCUGACUUGAUAAAGCAACCCAAGGCAUUGUCUGAUUUCAGGAGUAACAUAACACUUGGAGUUAAUUUACAGUUAUACUGACACCGACGAUAGGAUACUGAUGCUGCCAGUUACUAUAUUGGUGUAUUACUUUAUUAAAGCGUACGACGGCUAUAUCAGCUGUGCUUGUUGAGCGGUAGUUUAGUUUGUUUAAACAGUGUUAAUUACACAAUUAGAUGCUAUACAGCACCAGUGCUAACAAUAUGUGUUUGAUGUAAUAGACAACACUAGGAUCUGUAACCUAGAAUUUAAAUGGUUCAGCGAUCGCUUUACCACAAGUUUCGGUGUUACUUGGUUCAGGACGAUUGGGUUGUGCUUAUCGUUUGAACGGUGAUUACUUUAAUUUCGGUGCUGCAAUAUCUAGCGGUUAAGAGCUCCGUAAUACAGUCACUCUCGACGAUUCCAAAGGAAGAAUUAACUUUUGUGAAAAUGCUAGACGAGCGGAUUCUUCUUGUCCAUCCGGACGGCCGGACACAGAGUGUCAAGGAAUACGUACACGAGCUUGUCAUAGGAGCCCAGGUUCGUUUGUAUGACGGCAAAGACAACAAGGACAAAAAGAAACACAAGACAGGGGGCAUCUCAAAAAACAAACAAAAGGUCACAAACUCAUCAGAAAAAGCGGAAGCUGUCCGUUUUCAAGAGACGUGGAUUGACGAGGACGAAGGUGACGACAGAAAACCAGGUGCCGGUAAAUUAGCAUCUACUCAGGUGACGAACGAUGGCGCAUGCGCCUCAGAAGAUGUACACAAUGAUCACGAGGACAGCGAUACACAUGGAGGAUGGGCGUUCCUUAGCCGACUAAUGGCUGUUAGAAGCGCAUUAAUGAGAGCCACCACGAGACGUUCUAGCCAGUCGUCAGACGGGGGAAAUGAGGAAAGAAAGAGCAUUGCAGAUUUCUUUCGAAAGCGGAAAAGUUCAGAUAAUACCUUCACGGUGGAGGAGAAAGAAAACGAAGCGGCAUGUGCAAAACCACAUCACGUGACCUCAUCUCCUAAGAAACAGAAGACCCGCCUGAUGUCGGACGAUUCUGGAAUUGCGGUCGACAUACCGAGGAGAGAUUCUGAAAUUAGAAACCAACGGUUGGCUAGAUUCCGGAAUUCGAUUCGUAAUUUUAUAUCCUGUACGACGACCGGUGACAACGCCCCUGCCGUGGAAUCGACGGAGCCUUCUGAUUUUGAAAAACAGUGAAAUUUGAAUUUUAGAUUCCCGAAAUAUCCCUAUUUUGUGUAAUUUAUUCAUACGAGCCAAAUAUAUGUUUUAUCCUUAUACAACAAAAUGCUUUCUCUUAUUUUUGAAACUGCUGAGAUAAAAAUACAUAUCGUACUGUGAAUUUAAAUAUGUAUAACGCAUUUUGGCCAUUUUCAAAACAUAAUGUUCGGAUCCAUUACCUUAUUCUCUAUGUCAAUCUUUAAUGACAUGAAUGUUUAUCAAUAUUGUAAAAUUCGUUAGAACUGAUAGGCGCCAGUGUUGAUAUUUGUUUUUAUUUCGUAGCAAUUUUUUGGGAUAAUAAAAUAAAUUGAUUUAUAUAUUUGACUUUUGACCUAAAUACAUUUACAUGCGUUUGAGUGUGACAAUUUGCAUUUGGAUAUAAUACCUUGAUUUUUGAGACUUGAGUAAGAGUUUAAACGUCCACCACGGCAAUUUUAAGGUUAGGUUAUAUGUACACUCCAAGCCAGUGAUUUCUCGGUGACCAGUAAUUGUGAUAUCAUAUUUUACUAGUUUAUAUACAACUUUUGUUUUGUAUUUAGAAAAAAACUAUAACUAUAUAGGUAUGUUAAAGAUAUACAUUAUGUUAAUUUUUAUACGUUGUUCGCCACAUAUUUAUGUAAAUUAUUUCCGAUAUUUUACUUAAGAAGACAUUCCCCAUCUAUGUUAAAUUUAUUGUUGUAACCAAGGAUACUAAAACAAAUUUAUUGUUGUAACCAAGGAUACUAAAACAAAUUUAUUGUUGUAACCAAGGAUACUAAAACAAAUUUAUUGUUGUAACCAAGGAUACUCAAACAAAUUUAUUUACUACAAAGAAUAAACAUUUUACGUCUCA